GCCUGUCCCCUUGGCCCACUGUUGUUUCUCUAUACUUUGUGUCUUAUUUCUUUUCUCCGUCUCUCAUCCCACCCGACUAGAAAUACCCACAGGUGUGGAGGGGCAGGCCAUCCCUUCAUCUGGUGCCCAACGUGGGGCCCUUCUCUAGGGUGAAGGUACGGUAAGAACGUGAGCAUUGAGGACAGCCGACGAGAGAUUCCCGAGUACGUCCACAGUCAGCCUUGAGACAUUUGAAGUUCUACAAUGAACCCAUCAGAGAUGCAAGAGAAGGCACCUCCGCAGAGACAGAGAACCCGCAAUAGAACAUCAUCGACUCGCAGGGUGAACAAAAUGGUGAUAUCAGAAGAACAGAUGAAGUUGCCAUCCACCAAGAAAGCGGGGCCGCCGACCUGGGCCCAGCUAAAGAAGCUGACACAGUUAGCUGAAAAAAGCCUGGAAAACACAAGGGUAACACAAACUCCAGAGAAUAAGCUGCUUAUAGCUUUAAUGAUUGUAUCAACGGUGGUAAGUCUCCCUAUGUCUGCAGGAGCCGCUACAGCUAACUAUACUUACUGGGCCUAUGUGCCUUUCCCACCCUUAAUUCAGGCAAUCACUUGGAUAGAUAAUCCUAUUGAAGUAUAUGUUAAUAACAGUGCAUGGGUACCAGGCCCCACAGAUGACCGUGGCCCUGCCCAACCUGAAGAAGAAGGAGUGAUGAUAAACAUUUCCACUGGGUAUCAUUAUCCUCCUAUUUGCCUGGGAAAAGCACCAGGAUGCUUAAUGCCUACAAUCCAAAAUUGGUUGAUAGAAGUACCUACUGUCAGUGCCACCAGUAAAUUUACUUAUCAUAUGAUAAGUGGAAUGUCACUUGGGUCACAAAUGAAUAAUUUACAGAAUUCUUCCUAUCAAAGAUCAUUAAAAUUUAGGCCUAAAGGGAAACCAUGCCCCAAGGAAACUCCAAAAGAAUCAAAAGACCCAGAAGUCUUAGUUUGAGAAGAAUGUGUGGCUGAUACUGCAGUGGUACUACAAAACAAUAAAUUCAGAAUUAUUAUAGACUGGGCCCCUCGAGGCCAAUUAUAUUAUGACUGUAUGGGACAGACCCACUCAUGUUCACAGGCUCCAUCUGUCUGGCCCACUAAUCUGGCCUAUGAUAGUGAUUUAACUAAAAGGCUAGACCAGGUUUAUAGAAGGUUAGAAUCACCCUAUCCAUGGAAAUGGGGUGAAAAGGGGAUUCCAUCACACCGACCAAAGUUAGUUAGUCCUGUUGUUGGUCCUGAACACCCAGAAUUAUGGAAGCUUACUGUGGCCUCAUACCACAUUAGAAUUUGGUCUGGAAAUCAAGUUAUGGGAACAAGAAAUCAUAAGCCAUAUUAUACUAUUUCCCUAAAUUCUAAUCUGACAAUUCCUUUGUAAAGUUGUGUAAAACCCCCUUAUAUGCUAGUUGUAGGAAACAUAGCUAUUAAACUAGAUUCCCAAACUAUAACCUGUGAAAAUUGUAGAUUGUUUACUUGCAUUGAUUCAACUUUUGAUUGGCAGCAUGGUAUUCUGUUAGUAAGGGCAAGAGAAGGCGUGUGGAUCCCUGUGUCCAUGGAUCGACUGUGGGAGGCUUCUCCAUCCGUACAUAUCUUAAGCAGUAAAAGGAUUUCUAACUAGAUCUAAAAGAUUCAUUUUUACUUUGAUUGCAGUGAUUAUGGGUCUUAUUGCAGUCACAGCUACUGCUGCGGCUGCUGGAAUUGCUUUACACUCCUCUGUUCAAACUGCAGAAUAUGUGAAUAAUUGGCAAAAGAAUUCCUCAAAAUUGUGGAAUUCUCAGACUCAAAUAGAUCAAAAAUUGGCAAAUCAAAUUAAUGAUCUAAGACAAACUGUUAUUUGGAUGAGAGAUAGGCUCAUGAGCUUGGAAUAUCUUUUUCAGUUACAGUGUGACUGGAAUACAUCAGAUUUUUGUUAGACCUCGAGCCUAUAAUGAAUCUGAACAUCACUGGGACAUGGUUAGACGCCAUCUACAAGGAAGAGAAGAUAAUCUUACUUUAGAUAUUUCUAAAUUGAAAGAACAAAUUUUUGAAACAUCAAAAGCCCAGUUAAAUCUGGUGCCAGAAACUGAGGCAAUGAUCAAAGCCGUUGAUAGCCUCACAAAUCUUAACCCUAUCACUUGGGUUAAAACCAUUGGAAAUUCCACUAUUGCAAAUUUUGUAUUAAUUCUUGUAUGUCUGUCCUCUCUAUUGUUAGUCUACAGAGGUAUAUCCAGCAGCUCCGGAGAGACAGCGACCAGCGAGAAUGGGCCAUGAUGACGAUGGCGGUUUUGUCAAAAAGAAAAGGGGGAAAUGCAGGGAAAAGAAAGAGAGAUCAGACUGUCACUGUGUCUAUGUAGAAAGGGAAGACAUAAGACUCUCCAUUUUGAAAAAGACCUGUAUUUUAAACAAUUGCUUUGUUUAGAUGUUGUUAAUUUGUAGCCUUGCCCCAGCCACUUUGCUCCAGCCACUUUGCCCCAGCCACUUUGACCCAACUUGAAGCUCACAAAAACAUGUGUUGUAUAAAAUCAAGGUUUAAGGGAUCUAGGGCUGUGCAGGACGUGCCUUGUUAACAAAAUGUUUACAAGCAGUAUACUUGGUAAAAGUCAUCGCCAUUCU